GGUGACGCUUCGUUAUACCAUUGCUUGGAGCCAUCCGCGGUGAUUCGUCUGACCCAACCGCUCAUGAUUGGAGGAACAAACGAUAGCCAACCAUGUUCUCCGACAUCCACAGUACCAAUUGUAUAACGAUCGAUCCUUUCAAGCGUCGCGUCAGAAUGGAACGCGUCAACCUCGUCUGUCGCGUCACGCCCAACAAAGUGAAGGAUAGCCAGAGGACCGCCGGGGUGAGUAGCAAGCCAUGAUGGGGGUACACGAAUGACUUUGUUGCGAAGGAUGAUGAGGUUGUCCCCGGCAAGGAUUCGGGCGGCAACCUGUUCGCGAGUAAUUGGAGAAGGGAAGCCCAUGUUAUGGACCGCCGUAGCGCUACCAGUAUGAGUACUUGGUAGUCUUUGGGCGCUGUCAAGGGAUAGGCGGGGUGGACAGCCUGAGGGUGGAAUGAGUACCGUCUACAAACCGUCUAUAUCGAAAGGUUGCGGCGACUCGCUCUGUUCCAGAUCACCGCAGCCACCAGAUCCAAACAACCACAAAUAUGUGUCCUUUUCUAUACUUGGACAUGUAUGUUCGACUUGAAACUGUCUUACCCUCGGAUACCUCUUCGACGUUCAACACUCCUAUCUAACGCUUGACCUUGGGUUUCCACCGCUGGACGGUCGACUCUUUGAUCAUGGUCAAGUAUAUCAAGCCAAAACCCCUCUCAAAGCGAGAGCUGAAAGACCUGCACCGCCUUUCUCCAUCUCCUCUGCUUGCAUCUCCUGUGAUACCUAGUUCUCCCUUUCUCGUUGAUACUGCGCUUGUCAUAUCUGCGUCUUUGUCUUCUGAACUCAAAGGACGGAGAAAAGUUCGUUCUGGAAAGAGACGCAUCAGCGAAAGACUCCUUCCUCGAGCGAACAAGUCAGGUGGAAAGCACAAACCUAUCGCCAUACCCAAUAAUGCCUCUCCAAUGCGAGACAAUUCCCCCGUAAUUUCUCCCGAAAUAGACUCUGGCUCUGAGAGCGACUUCACAUCACUGGUCAAGUCCGCCAAGAAUCGCAUCCGUCAGUCUGCCGACAAGAUGCGAGAAGACGGUCGAAAGCUACACAAUAUGAAGAUGAAGGACCUCUUUGGCGACGUCGAUUUGGACUUGCCUUCCACACCGAUACGGCCGGCCUCUCCUGUGGACCAUCCUAUAUAUCUAUCUCCCGAACGGAAGCGAAGAGCAAACUUGCUGAAGAAGAAGGCUUCUGGUUCUCCCACUAUCAUUUCCUCUUCUUCGACUCAUGAUGAGCCGUUCUUUAGUAUCACCCUCAGUGAAUCCUCUGGGUCCUUGAAAGUUAUGCUCUACCCAAUGUCCGAAUCAGAAAGAGCAGCACACGUAUGUGGCCACAACUGCAGAGCAGCAAUUUCUAUUGGAGCUCAGCAUACUGUCGAUACCAGGAAGCAUGCAUCUCCGAUGAAGGAUGUUUCGAACAAGCUCGGUAUCGCGAAGGCUCCCUGCCCAUCGAAUGAUGAAUAUGACAGCAUUGUUAUCUCUUUCAAAAAUCUCCCUGCUGAGGAGGCUGAGAUCCUGAUCCAGACUGGUAUCUUAGCUGCGACCAAUGCUGAAACAACGUCCGGUGUCAGGAAGACAGCGAAGAAUAUGAAAGCGGUCAAACCGGCACCCACUCCGUCGGCCCCGCCGCUGGCUUCUGCGAACAUUCCAAACUCACUGACUCCCAAACACAAGGCAAGGAAGAAGAAAAAGAAGAGCGGCGCUGCCGCACGAGCAAUUGUCAACCAUAUCGCCAACGAGAAUUCUUCGAUCUCGCCACAAGUUGCUGUCACCGAACCUGAAGUCAAAGUUGCGACGCCAUUGCAGUCACGAACCGCCAGCCCCGUUCCAGGCGCCGCCGUAUUUCCCGCUCAUCUUGCUACCCCGAGGGUUGCUCUUGCUAGGUCUCGGAUGAACUCGCCCAAGCCACAGACCGAGCUCCCCGAGAAGAGGAACGAUAGCACAGCUGCAUAUGUGAAAAUAUCUUCACCUACCACAGCUACAACAACCCGUACACUCCGACGCAGUCCCGUCCCCGGUACCACAGAGACCGAUAUACCGAUUGGACUUGGUUUGACUGUUGCACCUGAAAAGGAUGGCUCCAUGUCUUCUGGCGAAACGUCAACUCAGACCGAGGGGAAGGUGUAUUCACACUCCCGAACUCCCAGUCAUGGUCCAGUCGAUGGAAUUCAUACUUCAGGCCCUACUAUAUUGAAGGCGUAUCGAACGGCGCUGGACUCGUACUACAAGAUUCUCCAACCUGGCGAAACUAUUGGUCUUGCUUUAGCAUGUUCUGACAGCGGGAAACUCGCCGACAUUCUGUCAAAGCACUCGACUUCUAAGAAUAUUCAGAAUGCUCCAUCCUCAUCAUCUUCUCCGCGUCCGGCUGCCGCUACUCGAGACAACUCUCCGGUUGCUUUCUGUCAACACGUCGUAGCAGACGUCGCUCGUAAGCGUCAAUUUCCCAUAUCCAAGUACGGUGGCUGCCCCAAUGUGAAAUCAGCAAAGCCUAGUGACGCAGUAAAUUUAACGGUGCCACCAGGCAGUGAUGCAGCCAAAUACGUGGCCAUGUCGGACGGGCAGUCUGGGCGGUACGUUUCGGAAGAGACAGCUUUGCUCGAUAUCGAGGCGGGCGCUGAUAUACAUAGAGUGCGCUCGUUACAUGGAGACACCGAGGGAAAUAUUUUCGUACGUGACAAACGAAGUGCAUUGAUGAGAAAAGUGACGGCUUUCGUUCGUUCGGUGACGGCGGUGUUCUUGAGUCCUUGGAGAGUGUUGACGAGGGCAUUCGAGUCCGCACGGGAGUGAAUAGACCAACAUGUUUGUACACAAUCUACCUCUCCAUUCUGUUGAUAUGUAACCUGUGUUGUUUUCUGUCUUGGUUAUGUUCCUGUGAAUGUAGCUGCUCCAGCGAGUUGCCGCAAAGGGCAGUAAAGUGUGUUACGUAAG